ACUAGUAGCAACAGCAACAGUUGAAUCAAUAGCCUGUGCCCCGAAGUAAAUCAUGCGAAGAAAAAAACGUUUUUAAUCUGCUUUUGGGACUUUUCGCGGCUCUCAUAUGAUAUACAAAAGGAGGGAAAUUGCCAUUAGCGCCGUGAUUGUAAGAUGAAUUUCUCUGAGGUUUUCAAGCAGUCCAACCAACUGUGUAAAGUUUCCCCAGAUGGGAAAUGUUUGGCUACCUGUGUGCAGUACAGGCUGGUGGUGCGAGAUGUGGGGACCCUGCAGAUCCUGCAGCUCUACACCUGCCUGGACCAGAUUUCCCACAUGGACUGGUCUUCUGACUCUCUCUUUAUCCUCUGUGCUAUGUACAAGAGGGGACUGGUACAGGUGUGGUCGCUGGAACAGCCAGACUGGCACUGUAAGAUUGAUGAAGGCUCAAUAGGACUAGUCUCCUCGCGCUGGAGUCCAGAUGGACGUCACAUUCUCAACACCACUGAGUUCCAUGUAAGUGUGAAGUUGGUGCGUGCAUGGGUGCGGGCAUUCAUGCCCACGGAAGUGUGUUUAUACAUAUGCUUGUCUGGUUUCAACUGUUGCUGGCUCGCAAGGAAGGGGGACCUGAAAAUAGCCAGACACCAGAGUCUCAAGUACCUCUGGAACAUGGGUGCAAUGUGUAUGAGCCCUUCCAAUGUGUUUAAAGCAAACAGCUCACCUCCAGACAGCUAUCCCACACUGCCAGCACACAGCCAUUGGGAGACCACUCCAACCCUGCCAGGUCCUGAGUCUCAGUCUCAAAAUGCUGUGACAGUCAAGGUGCGCAUCCUCAAUCAUAUCACGUGGAAGAAAAUCACACAGUUUGAGCAUCCAGCAGCCAUCAACAACACAAAGGCAGUUGUAUAUAAGGAAGUGGUGAAAAGGCCCGCUGUUUGCAGUGAUGACCUAUCGCUACACAACAUCACAAUUGGCAACACCCUCUUCAACACACAGAGCAAAUAUGAGAUCUGCCCAACGCCAGUCCAGCUUCCUGUAGUUAAACCAGACCCAGACCGAGCCAACCCUAAGAUUGGCGUCUCCACCUUGGCAUUCAGCUCAGACAGUCGCUAUCUAGCCACCAAAAACGACAACAUGGCCAGUGUUGUCUGGGUGUGGGAUGUGCAGAAGAUGAGCCUGGUGGCGGUGCUCGAGCAGACAGCGGCCGUGCGCUGCUUUCAGUGGGACCCCCGACGCCCCCGUCUGGCUCUCUGUACAGGCAACACCAAACUCUACCUCUGGUCCCCAGCAGGCUGCGUUUCUGUCCAAGUCCCCACUGAAGGUGGCUUCCAGGUCCAGUCACUGAAAUGGCACUGCAGCGGAGACUCUCUGAUCCUGCUAGGGAAGGAGCAGCUGUGUUUGUGCUACAUGGACAACGACCAGGAGGACAAGUAAAACUCACAAAUACACAGGUUUCAAGAAUAACUGGAUUUCAGUUCUGUAGCCUUUGCCGGGAAUGUGUUAAAGUGAUGACAAAAAGACUCGAGGGUAACACUCCCCCUCCAUCUUGCACAUGUCGUGCUAUAGAUGCCCUCAGUAAAGGUUACUGGUAUACUCCUUUUCUUAUCAAGUAAAAAAUGUAUGGAAAACCUGCUCUGACAUUCCUCCUGAGAGACAUAGAAUCAACAAAUAUCACUUUUUGAAUGACCAAAUGCAUACAGAAGCACUAGUUCCAAACACUGUGAGAAGAUAGUGGUUUACAUAGUUUUAUAGAUUUCACUGUACAUUUAGUUGUAAGUAUUUUGUAUUAGUUCUACUUUGAAAUUGUUUAAUUAUUUUGAAUAAAUGUUGUCAUAAAUAAUGCAGCUUACGGUCAGUUACUAAAAUGUGUGGAUCAAAAUCUUUCUACCAUUUAUUAAAUCUGUGUUCUCUGCCCAGGCACUACUAAACAUACAGAUUAGCAACCAUUUUACCUGACUUUAAGAAUCACCUGUCUGAUGUUUUAUUUAUGAAGCUUGAAUGUUGAGCCAUUUUUUUUACAUUUAUCCGUCUCUAUUUUCAAAGCUGACUUUUCAUUCUUGUGCUACAAAUAUUUAAAACAAAAAGUAAGCCUUCACAUUUUUGUCAUAAUCUCUUAAUGAAAUACUUCAGAAUUGGCAAUGAAAUAUUUAUUUUUCUACAUGAAUCCAUGAGUUGACUGCAUCAAAAAUAACAACAGAUAAAUAAAACUAAAUUAGUAUUU